AUGAACGCAUCAGAAUUUCAGUGGCCCUCCAAGCUGCUGCUCCAGAAGUUGGAAGCCGCGGGACCGGAUCUGGAACCCGGCGUCUACAUCCAUGAGGGAAGUGAGUUGAUGUAUCAACUGCGUGAUGGCCUCAUGAUUUUGCUUGAUAUAAGUGAUCUCACGCCCGAGUGUGAUAUCUCCAAGGCAGACACAACUCCGACUGAAGAAGAACUGCUGAGAGGAACCAUCGAACGCCACUGCAAGAUUUUUCUAGGCAAUGAAAAUGCGGCCCCUGCUCCAGUUCGAGGAGCAGUAUGUGACAUAGAUGGCAGCGGCGCUAAGCCUAUAGCAAUCCGACCAAGAUCGAUUAUUCCUAAGGUCGCGAUGAAGGUGUAUGAGCCGCUGAAGAAGACUUAUUGA